GCAACGCGUGCGUUUCUUAACCGGCUGCAGUGCCGACGCCAACACAUGACAUGCAGAGACUUGUGUUUUGUGCUGUGCUAACGGUAGUUUUGUCGCCAUGAACUUUAACUUUGGAGGCAGUGACUUCCAUAAUAUUGUGGUAAGAAGUGAGGAUGGUUUCGUUUCAGUGAGAACUAAUGCCAAUAAUGCAGACGAUGUCUCAAAAUGGAAGGACAUCUUCUGUGCAAAGAACAAUCUGUGUUUCAAUGUGCACCGCACCUAUGAUGUCCAGAGGACAGCUUUUCAUAAGAAGUUUAUCUGCUUACAUGGAGACAAACGCCAUGCCGGUAUUAAGAAGACAAACACAAGGUGCCCUGUGACCCUGGAUGUGAAGAUCAGCCUAUUGACCCAGUGGACAAAAGACAAAGACCCAACUCUGAAGAAUUAUCCAUGCACUGUGGUAAUCAAAGGCACCCACAACCACAGUAUUCAGUCAGCGUCUGCUCUGAAUGAGCUCAGAGUACUGCCAAGCACGAAACACACAUUUUUCAGCUAUUUUGAUCUUGGUAUGUCUGUUCCUCAGUCAAGGACAUUUCAUCAGGAGAAGAUGAGCCUGCUUACUGAGGUUGCUAACAACAGCAUAAACCCAAAGUACCGUGCAGUGUCUCACCUGCACGAUGAUAAUUCAUCCUCACCAGUUCCGUUGAACACUGCAAGUGAGGCAGGUGUGGCUGAUUCAAGGGAACCCGCAAGUGAAAACUCACUGGAGGACUUCGUUGUCAAUUCACCUAGCUUUUCAUGCACUACAAAUAAAAAACAGGAAGUUCUACAACUGCUGAAUGAAGCCUUUGAGCGCUUUUCCGAUGGAGUGUCUUCCUCUGCAAUAACUGCUAUGGCCACAAAGCUCAAAACCUUGAAAACGGCAAACCAGCUAAACAGCUGCAUGCAUAUGUUUGCAGCAUCUUCAUCUAUAUCCUGCAAGCGCAGCAAAAUCCAUUGCCAACCAACUUCAGUGGCAAGGAGAAAAGUUGGUACACCAGGGAUCUGCUACUGUUGGCAAAGGACGCACAAGAACAAAUACUGCUCUUCCAACUACAGCCAAAAAGAGACCUCGUAA